AGGGAUUGAACCUGGUUCUCCUGCAUUGCAGGUGGGUUCUUUACUGUCUGAGCCAGCAGGGAAGACUCUGGACUUUAAUCCAAAGAGUAAGAACAAAGGCCAAGGAGGAGAGGAGGGUGCUCUCCCCCAACAGGGUCCUGUGACUCUCGAAGCCCCAACUCCUUGUCUCUGUCUGCGGAGCCUCAUUCAAACCCAGAGAAAGAAAAGCACCUUCUGAGGGCUGUUUUACCAACCAUAAAUGAGGCUCCACGCUGUCCUUGGAGCUCCCUCCAUGGGAGUCGUGGAGCAGGGGCACAUGGAGCAGUCAAAUAACUCCCAGGGUUGACGCAAGCAUUCUGGCUCUUUCCUAUCCUACGCUGCCUCAAAAAGAGCCUGCCUUGCGUGGCUCCACCCCAAACCCCGUCACCCUGCCCACGUACAUCCCUCUGGACUCUGGACUUGCCCUGUGGUCAGAGCCAGAAGUUCCCGGAAUGUUCAGGCUGCUGGGGGCCUGCGGGCUGCCUUCCACCUGAACCCUUGGCAUCUUCAAACCUGGCCUGGAGCCGGCAGAACCGCCAGGCCAAGCUGGGUUCCAGCUGAGGAGGGUCCUCCCACCCCAAACGUCACCCUCUCCUUCCUGGAGGACAGCCAAGUCCCAGUGCUGGUGCCAGGCCCCUCCCACUUGAGAACUACAAAGCUUGCAGCUCAGAGAGCGGUCCUGCACUCACCACACCGCGCCUGUUCUAAGCCCCACGCAGACACAGGCAGGGUCACAAGGCCAAGAUCCAGAGAGAUCAGGAAGGAGGCCACACCCCGGCGCCCCUGAGGAGACAGCAUGGAACUGAUCCAGGAUACCUCCCGCCCUCCAGCAAAGUAUGUGAAGGGCAUCCCUCUCAUCAAGUACUUUGCAGAGGCCCUGGGGCCACUGGAGAGCUUUGAAGCCUGGCCUGAUGACUUGCUCAUCAGCACCUACCCCAAGUCGGGCACCACCUGGGUGAGCGAGAUCCUGGACCUGAUCUACCAGGAGGGUGACCUGGAGAAGUGUCAGAGAGCCCCUGUCUUCAUGCGGGUCCCCUUCCUUGAGUUCAAGGCCCCUGGGGUUCUUACAGGUGUUGAGCUUCUGAAAGAUACACCGGCCCCACGGCUCCUCAAGACACACUUGCCCCUGGCCCUGCUUCCGAAGACCCUGCUGGAUCAGAAAGUCAAGAUGAUCUACAUCGCCCGCAACGCCAAGGAUGUGGCCGUCUCCUAUUACCACUUCUAUCGCAUGGCCAAGGUGCACCCUGACCCUGGCACCUGGGACAGCUUCCUGGAGAAGUUCAUGGCCGGGGAAGUGUGCUACGGGUCCUGGUACCAGCACGUGCGGGAGUGGUGGGAUCUGAGUCACACCCACCCUGUUCUCUACCUCUUCUACGAGGACAUAAAGGAGGACCCCAAAAGGGAGAUUCAGAAGAUCCUGGAGUUUAUAGAGCGCUCCUUGCCUGAGGAGACUGUGGAUCACAUCGUCCAGCACACGUCUUUCAAAGAGAUGAAGAAGAACCCCAUGACCAACUACAGCACCAUACCCACUACAGUCAUGGACCACAGCAUCUCUGCCUUCAUGAGGAAAGGCAUCACUGGCGAUUGGAAAUCCACCUUCACUGUGGCCCAGAAUGAGCUCUUUGAAGCCCACUAUGCUGAGAAGAUGGCGGGCUGCAAGCUCCGCUUCCGCUGGGAGCUGUGAGUGGUCCUCUGGGGGCGUGUGAAACAAGCCCAGCCAUGGCUUCAGAAAUAAAAUCUGAUGUGUGUUAAA